GUCAGCCACGGCCGCGUAGACGCCGAUCGCCACGAGCGUGCAGCGGCCCACGCGGCCCUGCAAACCCAGUUCUGGGACACGUGCCGAGCGGCCCCCCGUCAGAUCCCGCAGCGCCUGGCCCUGACUUUCAACCUGGACGCCAAUGCUGCCAUGCCCCCAUACCUGCCGAAUGUGGGCUUUGCUGGACAGGGGCGCCGCUAUGCAGCCACCAGCACCAACUGCUCGCGCCUAUUGGAACUCCUCCAGGACUACCACAUGACGGCCCUGAACACGUUCGGCAAGAGCUCUCGCCAGAACGGCACGUGGAAGCACGCGGUGGGCAAGGGAUGGACCACUAUUGACUACAUCUGCACCCGCUUAGCAGGCUCCUACGGCAAGCGCGCAGCCCCUCUGCGACAGCUACCAGUUAGCCUUGGCGGCUACCGCGACCACCGACCUGUCGAAACUUACGUGUAUGCUGGGCUCCGCGCGCGUCGCCAGCCUGAGGCGAAGCCCCUGCGGUGGAACCGCGAUGCCAUAGUGGCCGACCUCCGCGCGCUCAAGGGCCCCGAGGCGCCUGCCCCGCAGCGCGUCCCCCAGAUGCGCACAAACCUGGCCCAGAUGAUGACGGACAGCGGCCUCGCUAACCCUUGGUGGGCGACGUGUGGCGAGGAGUUGCGUUUCGCCACCCCCUCGGAGUACUUCAACGCCCUGACCAAGCGCCCGAAGCUGACGGACACCACCCUGGCCCUGAUCGAUACCAAGCACACCAUCCAGAGACGAAUGGCUACGAUCGCCGACCCCGCUUGCACGCGCUUCGUCGAUCUCCAGACCCAGUACGACGAGGCGGCCAAGGCGGCCGCCAAGGCCGUACGCUCGGAACGCCGACAACGUUUCGCUGAGACAGCGGUGGAGGCCGAGGCAGCGGAUGCCAACAUGAAACUGCGCAAGCUCCACGGCGUCGUUCGCCGCCUAGCUCCGAAGCCUACGGCGCCCGUCAUCACGGUCACCAGCCCCACUACGGCGACGGCAUGCAUGGACGCCGAGGAGGAGACUCGCGUCCGCACCAAGGCCCUCUGCGACAUCUUUGACGGCAUCCUGAUCAACAUGGACAAACCUGGAGGCCCCCCUGGGAUCCUCCCGAGGGACGACACACGCAUCGGCUCCUACACGAUUGAUGACUUUGCUAAGGCCAUCGCCAAAAUGCCUAACUACAAGAGCGCCCCCGUCCUCAAGAUGGCGCCCGACUCGACCGAGCCCCGCGACGGCUCCGUCAUCGAACUGUGGAAGCUUGCUACGGCAGAAACGGCCCCAGUCCUUCGCGAAUUUUUUCAGGCUAGCCAAGCCUUGGGCCACUCUGCCCAGCGCUUCAAAGACGGCGAGACUGCCUCCCUCCGCAAGCCGAAAGGUGACGGCAAGAACGCCCGCGACCACUACCGCACCAUCAACCUCAUCAACCACAUUGGCAAAGUCUUCAUGAACGUCACCGUCAUGCCCUCCCUCCGCAACCUGGCCUCGAAGCUCUCGACCGCGCAGUUCGGCGCGCUGGCGGGCCGCUCUACCCGGGGCGCGCUGGCGAAGGCCUUCGACCUGAUCGAUCGCGACGAGAUCUGGACUGCGCUCGAGGCCCUCGCCCUGAGCCGCGAGGUGCGCCUGACCGUGGAAGAGCUACACGAUGGCACGUGCUACAUUGCUCGUGACAUCCGCACCAACCGACCCAUCAAGAAGCUCUUGAUCCCACGCGGAGUUCGGCGGGGCAGUGUGGAGGGCCCGCUGCUGUUCAUAGCCGUCUAUGACCUUCUCACUUCGAAGCUAGAGCAGAGCCAGGCAAAGACCGAGUUCCCAGAG